AUGGCUGAUGAAAUUGCAUCAGCAAUGGAGCAGGAAAUGGUGGAAGAACAGGCUAUAAAGUGCCCAAGGCCUUCAGCAAAGAGGCAAAGGAAAGGAUCUCCUGACGCCCGAGAAGAAACAGAUAAAGAACGUGUAGACGAUAGUCUUCUGCAAGAUGCACGUAGAAUCAAAGAAAACAUCAGGGUCUACAUGAACGCAACAGACAGGAACGUGAGUGCGAAGGUACAAAAGCACGUUAAUGGGAAAAUUCAGCAGUUAAUAGAUAUAAUGGAGACAAUAUAUGAUAAGAACUAUGAAAAAACGUUUUUAGUACAACGUGUGGUAAAGGACACAUUAGCUUCCUCUGAAAUGUAUGAUAUCAUAGUAAAUGCAUUAGUGGAAAAAGCAGUACCUAUGGUUAUCGAGGGACUCAAGUCGGAAAGUAAAACCAUACAAAGACCACUGUCAGAACCUCAGACAUCUCGGGAGUUUCCAUGCGUUAAAGAACAACCGCUAUUAGCCGAUGCCCACGCUAUUAUUGAGACCACGGAGAAUGAAAGUUUCCAGGAACUUACGAAGUUAGGGAGACUUGGAGGAAGUGCAAAUUGGACUAAACUAGUUUUGGAGGGCGGAAGACGUAGCGGUCACCUGGGUACUAUUAGUAUGUAUAGGCCGGCAGCUAACUUGCCCAUUCCGGGCACUAAGGCCCUCAAAGAAUGGGCUUAA